UUUUCGGUUCUCCGAUUCACCAUAGCCAAUGAAACCCAAAAAACUGAAAAACAUCCGCCAAAAGCCUUAGAAUUGAAUCAAAUCAUGCAUUUAUGAAGUUCAGUGAUUAAUCAUAUCUCUUUUUCUCUUUUUCUUGGUGCGUCACUCCUCAAUUUAUACAUAAUAACGCCGUUGAAUCUCCUUAUGUUUUUUCACUCGACUCCUUCCGAACCCCAAGCUUAGAAGAAAAAGGUAAGGAGAGGGAAACCCAUAAAGAUAUGACAACGAGAGGGAGCAGAUCGGAGAAGGUGAAGAGAAUCUUCCAGCAAUUUGAUGCUAGCCGAGAUGGGGGUCUCAACAGAGAAGAAAUGGCUGCAUUGGUGGUUGCUGUUAACCCUAGAGUCAAGUUCAGCAACGAGCAAAUCAACGCUAUUCUCGAUGAAGUGUUUCGUACCUACGGUGAGUUUAUCGACGGGGAAAAGGGCUUGACCUAUGAUGGGUUGUUGAGGACAUACGACGAUGGGGCUGGUGAUGUGGACCGGGACUUUGAUGCUCUUGGGCUUGAGCUUGAUGACAACAAGGGUCUUUCAAUUGCGUCGGAGGCGUCCUCGUCGUCGAUUGUAGAUGAGAGGGCGAUGGAGUCGCAGAAAAGGCAGAGGACGGCGGCCUGGGCGGUGUCACCGAAUCACGGCAUUGUUUUUGACGAUACAUGGAAGCUUGUGGAUGAUUUGGAGAUUUUGGUGAAGAGAUUGAAAGCAAAGCAGGCUAAAGAUGGGAAGCUAAAGGCAGAUAAUUUUGACGCUUAUUCUGAUGCUGGAUGGUCGAGGGAGUUGGGGCCGUCUGCUGAGAUUACAGAGAAGAGGGUGUUCUGGGAAGAAUCUGGGCAUGAUUAUGCAGUUUUUAUCAAAGAAUUGGCGGCGUUGAGAAGUAGAGCUGAUGGGGCGAGGUCGAGGGAAGAGGCAUUUGACGGGCACAUGGCUAUUGGCAGGGUUUUAUACGAGCAUGGGUUGUUUAAGGAGGCUUUAGUGAGUUUCAAAAGGGCUUGUGAGUUGCAGCCUAUGGAUGUUAGGCCACACUUUAGAACUGGGAAUUGUUUGUAUGUGCUUGGGAAGUAUAAGGAAGCCAAAGAGGAGUUCUUGUUGGCGCGGGAAUCAGCUGAGGCAGGUGGGAAUCAAUGGACUUACUUGCUUCCUCAGAUUUAUGUCAAUCUUGGGAUUGCACUUGAAGGAGAAGGUAUGGUCUUAAGUGCUUGUGAGCAUUAUAGAGAAGCUGCAAUUCUUUGUCCAACUCAUUUUAGAGCUUUGAAACUUUUGGGUAGUGCUCUUUUUGGGGUUGGAGAGUAUAGGGCAGCAGUCAAGGCUUUAGAGGAGGGUAUUUUUAUGAAAUCAGACUAUGCUGAUGCACACUGUGAUUUGGCGUCUGCUUUACAUGCUAUGGGUGAGGAUGAGAGGGCAAUUGAAGUUUUUCAGAAAGCUAUUGAUUUGAAACCUGGUCACGUGGAUGCUUUGUACAAUCUUGGUGGGCUUUAUAUGGACUUGGGUAGGUUUCCGAGAGCUUCUGAGAUGUACACUAGGGUUCUAGCAGUAUGGCCUAAUCAUUGGCGGGCACAGCUCAACAAGGCUAAUUUCCCUCCUCUCUUGCUCCAGCAGCCGACCUGUUUCGGUCGUGGACACACGGGUAGAGCGACCAAUAAGCGUAUCGCAAUCCUCGCCAUCAUCAUCAUCGGGUGCAUCUUCGAAUCUAGAAUCGUCAUCGUACGCGAUCUCCUGGUUGUGCUGGUGGUUAUCGCCCUCGAAAAAAGCGUCGAAGGAGACGGGGUUGUUGUCGACUCGGACGAAGACUCGGUCGCUGCCGGGGGUUUCGUAGUAAUUGGGAUCGGAGGAACCCCGGACGAGCAAUUGGAAGGUUACCGAUUUUUUCUUGUCGAUGAAUUUCUUCUUUUUACCCAUUUUGAAGAAGAUUGAAGCAGCUUUGCUGGAAGGAGAUAGGCACCACUGGUAUUAAGCGAUUGAAGAGAUUUAUGUGUCUCUGUGAUAAACCCCAGGGAAGCGC